UAGAGUUGCAGGUCUGGAUGCUGAAGAACUCAAAGCUGAACAGCCUGUAUGAACCACAAAGCCAAAUAAAUGCAGGCCCUCUCUGGCCACAACCAGUCUUUAUCUUGGUGACUUCUUGUGUUUUAAUGAAAAAUCACAGUCUUGCUUUCCCUACCACAUCGCCUAUCCACAGUUUGUAGCAAACCAGACUGAGCAAUGGGUAGAGUAGAGAAAGAAGUUCGUCUCGAGUUACUUUCUGCACUCACUGGGGCUACCGUGAAGCCCUACACCAAUUUGCGAGCACGCAGUACUACUGAACUCAAUAUAUAUAAUUUAUUGUCCUCCUCCUUGACUGAUGAAUCUCAUGUGCCGUUACGACGAGCAGCACUAGGAUUUUCCAGCUCGCGUGAGGUGCUGUGUGUGGACAUGGAUGAAUUAUUUGACACGAACUACGAUUAUGAUUUCAAACACUGCACUGAUAAGUCAGUUUGCUGGCGUGGUGAUGAGCUUUACAAACGCCCGUGUGGAUGGAACCGCAUUGCUCUCAAAGUCCUGGAUAAGUAUCCUGAAGGAAAUAUCUGGCUGGGCACGGAUGGAUGGAGGAGUCACUCAGUGGUUGGUGAAUGGCCCGUCUCCUAUCAUGGAACCAGCAUUGAAGGUGCUAGAGGAAUCAUUUCAUCUCAUUACAGAGCAGGUCCCAGACAACUGUACGGACGAGGAGUCUAUUCGACCUAUGACAUCGAUCAGGCUUCCGGUUACAGCAUGGAAUUUACAUCCAAAACGAAUGGGAAGACCUACAGAGUCCUGAUGCAGAACCGGAUCAAUCCAGACAUGAGGAAAGUGUGUAAAAGACAGGAUUACUGGCUCAUUGAGGUUCCUGAAGGCACCUGGCCUGCUAAAGAGAAGGAGAUUGUGGAGAAAUCCAUCCGACCGUAUGGGAUUCUGCUGAAAGAGGUGUGAUGAAGGAAGGGGAAAUAUCGUAUGUCUUUUUCUUGUUUUAUCACUCUUGAGGUUUUUUGACCUUGAUUUGAAUUCUUUUUGUCCUGUAGUAACCCUGUAACUCUUUAAUUUAAAUGUUUAUUGUAAACUAUAAAAAAUCAGUAACUAAAACGAUAAGAAUGUGAGGAUCUAAACAAUUUCAGAGAUUGCUACUUAAUA